AUGAUAAAACAGCUAAAGGAGGUCCCCCGAUGUGGUCCCGUGGCACCAAGAGACAUCUCUUCAAGUAGUUCAAAGACACAUUAUCGAGGCCUUCGUAAAUUUUCAGUCGUCUCGCUUUUCUACUUUGUGGUUUCCUCCUUCUUCUUCCCUAUUUCUUACCCCCAAGUGCCCGUGGUCCUUGGCAUCAAAACAAGGACGUGUCCGACCUACGAGCCGGACACCACCCCAGCCAACUCUCUGGAAACGGUGAAACUUUACAAGCCAUGCGACUGCAACCUGCAGACGCGGUUGGAGCACCUAGCCUCCACGCACCUCAAGCCCGCCGUCGGCUCGCCGCACAACGUUUUCGCCGCGCAGCUGAACCUGCACGCGCCGGGCGGCUACGGAAGAGCGAUCUCCGAUGUGGUCAGGAAGGAGGGCACGCACGAGACGAACGGAUUGGAGUCUUUCCUGUACCUCCUCGACAACAUGCGGAAGCAGGUGCGGAAAAUGCGGUACGACAGGGAGCUCCGCCGGUUUGCGAAGCAGCUCGGCGUCGACGCUGACGAAAGCGGCAGCAUUACUUGGAACGAAGAAAGUAGGAACUUGGCACGGUCUUUGGGGAAAGAAAUUCAUCGCAUUCUUGUGGACCCGUUUACAACGACAGGUGAAGAGUCUGUUAAUACUUCUAAGGACCAAGAAAGCAAAAGAACCAGUCAAGCUCAAUUUUUCGGUGGGACCAGUCUUGGCGCGGCGGCGCACCAUCUGUCUUCGGCCCUCACCCUGGGCCACAUCCAGGACGCGCUCUGUGGCAUCCGCAGCUUCUACACGCCCUUUCUCGUGCAGCCCUGCGUGAUUCUUCCAGCGGAAGUUGACGCGGCGCUGAACCCGACGAACCUGCCCCGGGUCCGCGAAACGGGGGACCACGCCAACGACCCCGCGGGAGCCAUGCUGCACGAGUGGCUGUACGAGAACCUCCUCGCCCGUGGGAAGCUCCUGUGGAAGAGCGGGAAAGACCGAAAUAAAGCGGUCCGGAAGUACGGAGACACCCGGGUUUCGGACCAGCAGAUCGCUUUCAAAAUUUAAAUUUUUUUGGGGCCCCUUUGCAGUAUCCGGCCCGACUGUCCUCAUCCGCGUCGCCCGACUUAGCGGCCCCGCAAGCGGCUCCGGAUUCUCCGACCUAUUAACUCCUUCUUUUUGGGAUGUAGCUUGAUGGUGACGAAUGAGAACGCGAGUGAAAGCAUGUAGCUUGUCGCGGUGAUAGCUAGUGUAAAGUAGAUAACAUUUGAGACGUUUGGUGACAGAUGUGCUUUUCCGCGGGCGAUGUGCUUUCCCGCAGAGCGCUCUCCUUCGAUGAAGGCGCAGCUGAAAUGCCGCGCGUGUUCGUCUUGUCGUCGGACCAGGCCGAUUGCGAGAUGCGCUCUGCCUGGUCGAUCGCGCAUGAACUAGCAGCGGUUCCACAAUUUGGAAUGCACCACAGGGACAGUGGGCACGCCAACAGGGACCGCAAGUGGUCCCAACUCGCACAAGAUCUGCGGACUUUGACCGGGGGCAAAAUAAGCUGCAAAUCCUUGCGGGGCGGCCUGAAUCGCGCUGCCAAGUGCCUGGCAGCCGCAAAGCGGGACAGCAAGCGCUUCAAAUACGAAGACAGACGCGACCGCGAGACGGGCUUCAAAACGCAGAAGAUGUUGGGGCAAGGUACUGGGGCGCGGCUCAGUUAGGGCUUUUCACUAGUGUGAGGAGCGGGGGCGUCGGGUCUCCGGCAGUGAUCAUCUCGACCUUCCGGAGGCCCAAAGAAUCUCUGCUCUGGGUGUGCCCUUGACCCUAGUUUAUGCCCCCCCUUGAAAGCAUUUUUUUGAGGCCCAAAAAUCGCGAAAGCAUUUUGUACAGGAACUAAAAAACGCUUUCGCUCGAUUUUUAUGCCCCUUCUUAUGUUUGGCCAAAGCCUUUCAUAUGACCGUCACAAAUCGUCGCGGGUUUGAGCCUUCUGAUGGUCAAGGUUUGGCCAUGUCCUCGACUCAGGUUAUCACAAUGCUGAAAAUUUUCUUUCCAGGUACAAAGAUAGCGAGCCUCGUUUCCUAUUUUGGCCCAAGUAGCAGUGGGUAGGCCGCCUGCGCCCUCAAACCCAGGGCGCCGGGGCCAGGAGUCUUCUUGGCAAUGUCUGUGGCCUCGGGCCCGGUGCUUAUUUAUUUAGGGGGCUAGUGGAGGGGUUGUCGUGGUAUUUUGAGCUGGGGGCCUGUUUGGGCGAAGUGCUUGCACCUGGGUGAUAUUUCUAUAUAAUUAUGGCAAAAACAGACGCGCUAUGGCUCACUCGGAUCAACCGAAGGACAAGCAUACUACUUGCCGUCGCUCCAGUGGGAGCACCGAGGGCGGGGCUGGACGUGACCGAUCGCCAGCCGUGGCGUUUCGGACAGGUGCCCAAAAUGCCGCUCAAGGCGAUACACAGCUCCGGACCCGCACCACUCCGGGCAAUGGAUUAUGCAAAAAAACGUCUUCAAAUGCGAGCACAAAUGUACGCGACCUAUCACCGCGACAAGCUAGCUAAAUAAUAAGACUACUUAAAUGUUGACAUCGCCAACGUACUCCAGAAAUUCAGGCAACGAAAAAAGGCCCCGCGACUCACCUGCCCGACGCCUUCCAGUUCAACGAGGCCACCGAAGGGAUCCUAUCUGGGCCCACCCUCAAGGGGAGCAAAAAAAAAUUUGAUUUUUGAAAGCGAAAGCGUUUUUCAUCGCUGUAAAGUACGGAGACACCCGAGUUUCGGACCAGCA